AUGGCCGCGGGAAGCGUCCGCGAGGAGAAGCCUCGCAAGAAGAAGUUUGCCUUCGUCACGGUCGGCGCCAGCGCCAGCUUCAAGCCGCUUAUCGAGGAGAUUAUUUCAGAACCUUUUAUCGCCAAGCUCAAGUCACUCCACUUCUCUCACCUCGUGGUACAAUGCGGGCCUGAUUACGAUUACUUUGAGUCCGCCAAGCCCCGCGACUCCGACGGUCUGAAAAUUGAGGGCUUCGCGUAUGACAAGGAUCUGCAGCGUUGGAUGAGCUUUGCUGCCGAGUGUGGUCCGGAUGGAGAUAAUGAGUGCGAGAAAGGCCUCAUUAUUACUCAUGCUGGCUCUGGAAGCAUCCUCGAUGCACUCGACUUCAACACGAACAUAAUUGCAGUGCCUAACACUUCGCUCAUGGACAACCAUCAAGUAGAGAUCGCCGAGGAGAUGGAGGCGCAAGGCUUCUUAAUCCAGGGCAAGAUCGGCUCUCUAGCCGAUCUUGUCACCGAAGAUAUCCUCAACGCCCCUCGGAAGCAGUGGCCUCCCGAGCCCGAUCCACGCUCGACUUACCCAGGUGGCCUCUGGGAGGUCAUCGACAGCUUGAUGCCUACGCGUGAACUCCGCGACUCUUGGUGGUUUUAA